AAAAGAAAGAAAUUGCAGAGACUCAGGAAUUAGAUAGCAAAUGAAAAUGUAGCUCUGUGAUGCUUAAUUUCCAACUGAGGUUAAAACACAACUGUCUUUUUUGGUGCCCAACAUGAGGUGCAAAGGUUUGAGAUAAUGACAGGUCUGACCAAUGCAUGCUAAAAUAAAUUUUUGUUUUCCAGGUAGUAUUAUGUAACAACUUACUGUAUGCAUUCCCUGUGAUGUUAUUUAUCCUUAAUGGGGCCUGGGCUAAGAUUAUAAUUUUGUUUUACUUUCUAGUAUUGGCUUAUGAUAUGAUAGUGUCACUGGUCAUGAAACUCAUCCAGUAUGGGUGUUCAGUAUUGCAGUCACUCUGAACUUUGGGAGUCAUCUGUUGGAAACUAUUAAUAAUUACACCUUUUGCAUUCUCUUCUUGGAGAAUCAACCUAUGGGGGCACAAUAUCUUCCUACGUUUUCCUUCCUUCCUUCCUUCUUUCCUUCCUUCCUUCUUUCCUCCCUCCCUCCCUUCCUCCCUUUUUCCCUCCAGGGGGAUUACAGUAGUUUUAGAGAAUAUUGAAGAUUUUUAAUAUCCUUUGAAUACCCUUGAAAACAAACUGGUCAUUUUGCUAGAAUCAGGUAUGUUGCUGAAUAUAGAUCAGGUCUUAUUUGCAACGUUGAACUUUGUUUCACCUUACACUAUGCCUUCAAAAAGUCCACCAAACCAUAAGAAAAGAUCAUGAUGGUACCAUCACAGUGCUUUUUAUUCUUAAAGUUCCCGAUCUCUGUUCUAGCACCUUUUAAUUUUCUUUGUUUUAUUUGCUAUGCUAUCUCUGUAAUCAUCUUUGUCACAAACCUACUGAAAGAAUUACAAAUUCAGUACCAACAUUUAAAACAAGUCAUCAGAACUGAUGUUCACUGCAUCUGUGUUCUUUUCUCUCCCCUAGCUCUUUUUCCCCAUGCUUUGCCUGUGCUCUUGAUUUAAAUGAUAAACCCUUGGGUCAGUUAAUGGUCCAUACCAUUUAUGCAGUAUGAUACAGCAUGAAACUCCUGUAAUGCUGUCCUCUUUUCCAUUAGCACUGCUAAAAAAAAUAUGAUAAAUAAUAGAGGGAGAGAGGAAUAGCUCCCCACAGAUUAUACAGAACAAGCCAAGGAGCAGUUCUCCACAUCUCUCGUUUCUUUCUUCGAUGAGAGUGGGGCAUAGUCAUGGCAUUGAAAAGCAAGACUGGCAAAAUGCUAAUACUGCACUUAACGGUGUAAUUCUCAAACAUGAAUGGGAUUUCAGGCCAUCAGAGAGUCUAAGCUCCCAAAGUACACAGAAAUGGUAGAGUGCUGUCACCAGUAAUAUCAUAAAGCCUUAUAUGUAGAAAUUGGAUUCUGCUUCAAUGAAACAUACCUGAACAAAGAGAGUGCAAAACAUAGCCACUUCAUUUGUUGAUUUUGUUUUCACAAUGGGGGAAAUGCAAUAGAAUGUGUAGGUUUGUUGUGGCUUUGCUUUUUUAAUUUUACUAACCUCUGUUAAGAAGCACACUAUUAGGUAUUUUUUCUGUGGGCUUAUGCUUUUAAAAGUAUCCUCCAGACUAGCUUUACUGUCUCUCCAGUGUUAUUACCUCAAUUCACUUUCAAAAAUUGGACUGCAGUAAUGGUAAAAAUUAUCAAGUAGAGAACAUAAUUGAAGUUAAAUAUUAAAACUGUCUACUUAAAUAGGGUUCGGGGAGGGAUUAGAUAUAGCGGCAUGUUCUUCUUCUGCAGAGUCUUUAUUUAAAUGCCAGUUUUGAUGAAUGUCUGUGACUUCAAAAGUCACAGCUAAUAUUAUUGCGCUAAAACCACUGUCUUAGCAGAGUAGAAACAAAAUAAGCUUUUUUUUUUUUUUUUACUUUCGUAAAACAGUAUGCUGUUACAACACAGUUUAAACUGAUAUGUCUCAAGGUACUGUGAAGUAAAUAGAAGUUGUUGAUCAUUUCUUUCAUUCUUUCAACCAUUUUAUAGGACUUCAUGGAAUUACAGAAUGGAUGAGGAUGGCAGGGCUCUCUGGACACAGUCUAGUUCAGUGUCCCUGCUCGAAACAGAAUCAGCUAAAGUAGAUUGUGAAGGACUUUUUACAGUUAGAUUUUGAAUAUCUGCAAGAAUGACAACUCCACAGUCUCCUGGGCAACCUACUCCAGUGUUCAAACAACCUCACAGUAAAAAUUGUUUUCUUGUGUUCAGACAGAAUUUCAUUUAUUUCAGUUUGUGAUUGUGUCUUGUCUUGCCAUUUGGCACUACUGCAGAGAGUUUAACUUCACCUUCUUCAUUCCCUUCUGAUAUGUGUUUAUACACAUUGAUAACAUCCCACUGAACUUUUUUUCUCCAAGAUAAACAGUCCCAGUCACUGUUAGUCAUUCCUCACAUGAGAGAUGCUCCAGUCCAUCACCUUUUUGUCACUGUGCUGAAGUUACUCUAGUAUGUCCGUGUCACUUGUAUUGGAGAAAGCAGAGCUGUGCACAGCCCCUCCAGGUCUGUCUUACCGGAUAUGAGCAGAGAGGAGGGACCAGCCUCUAUCUGCAAGCAACACCCCUCCUGAUUCAGACCCUCUUCUUUACUCCAAUGUCAGCGCACUGGAAUAUGGUCAGUUUGUCUCCCAGGAGCUCCAGGUUCUUCUCUGCAGACCUGGUUGCUAGCCAGUUAAUCCCCACCAUGCACUGACUCUCGAAGUGUCAUUCCUCCCCAUUUUGCAUUUCCCUUUGUUGAACUUCAUGAAGUUUCUGUUGACCACUGCUGCAGCCUGUUGACACUCCUCUAAAAGGCAAUACAUCCAUCUGAUGUAUUAACCCCUCCUUCCUGUUUUGUGUCAUCAAAUUACUGAAGGUGAGCUCUUUCCUGUUUUCCAGGUCUUCAAAAACGAGUUAAAGGGUGUUGGCCCCAGUAUCCACCCCUGAGGUAAACCAAUAGUGAUUUCUUAUGGAGCUUGGGCUACUGACCAAAAUACUUUCAGCAGUUUAAACAAUUUUCAGUACACUGUAGUAUGUGCUUAUCUAACCCAUUUUUCAUCUGUUUGUACAUGGGGAUAUUAUGGGAAACAAUUAAAAUUUUAAUAAAGUUGUGGUAAACAACUGCUCUCUCUUCAUCUGCCAAGGUCAUCAUCCCAUCAUAUAAAAGUGCAAGUUUUGCUGAAUGUCUGUGACUUCAAAAGCCAAUAUUAUUUAAUAUCAUAUCCCCUCCGUAAAUCUAUGAUGACUACUCACAAUGAACUUCUUAUCAUUUAUGGAUUUGGAAAAGAUUUCCAGGAUUCUUUAUUUCAUUUGCUUAUGGUUCCCUAGAUACUCCUUCUUACAAGUCUUGAAGAUAGGUGUGAUCUUUACAUUCUCCUACUCUUUAGGGACCUCUCCUGUGAGCAUCCUGUAAGGCCUCUUGCACUGGUAUUGUCCUCCACAAGGGUAACUCUUCAUUCUCUUCAUUGCUCCAGACAUUUCCUCUGAUCUCGUGGGUUCUAGAUUCCUGAAGACUCCUCUUGCCAGUAAAAAAUGAGGGUGAAGAAGGCGCCAAGUCAGAUUUUACCGUGUUUGUUGUGAGAGCCCCUUACUCAUUUGAACAUAGGGCCACACUUUCCGUAGUUUUCUAUUUACUGUUAAUCUACUCGUUGAAGCCUGUCUUGUUGCCUUUCAAAUCCCUUGACAGAUAUAACUUCAGAUGGGCUUUUGCUCUCCUAACUCUAUUCCUGUGCCCUCUGAGAGUGUGCCUGCUUUCACUUUCUGCACACUUCUUUCUUAUAUUUGCUUUUAGUAAGGAGUUAAUCUAGCAAGACUUCUCACCCACCUGUAUUUAACUUCUGCAUGUGGUGAUGGACCACUGCUGUGCUGGGGGGAGAUGGUCCUUGAAAAUCAAUCAGCUUUUGCCCCCAAAAGCAAUGAAAAAAGAGUGAACACAGGUGGAUCUGCUCAAGAUUUCUUCAGAAAAUGACAAGUAAUUCCUAAAUAAUAAAUGAUUUUAUUUUUACUGUUGACAAUAAUCUAGAUUUAAUUUAUGAACCUUGUAUACAGUCUACUCCAUAUUCUUUGUCACUUUCUGUAGGUGUGUGUAAAUUGUUUUUAAAGAACUGGCCUAUGUUUCACCUUCAACUCCAGCUUUUACUCAGGUAGGAUGAAAGGAGGCUUUGAAACUUUCUGAAGGAGGAAUCUUCCUCUGUCUUGUCCCAAACUAGCAGGUGAUCUCCAUUUGUUAGCACAGAUAUGUGGAUUUGGGUUAGCAUGUUUUCAGGAAUUCUGCCUUUUCCUCCAUCACUGGUAUUUAGAGGCAAGUACCCACUGGCUUAGAUACUGUUCCUGACUACUUUUCUGCUCCAGAUUCUCCUAGUUUUAAGGAGUUUUCUCUUUCUUCAGAGAAGUGAUUGGUCAAGACCAGGCAUCAGUUCUUGUCUUAAUAAUCAUUUCAGCCCUGUUUCCCUUAUUCUCACUCAGAAAUGCCACCUCUCUGUGUUAUUACCAAAUUCUAGUUUCUGGAGAUCUUGACCUUUAUCCAGCUGAUUUAUCCCUUGAUCAUAUAACCUUCUGUCUUUCUCACAUUAAAGAUCAAAGCUGUUUCAAUUUGGUCAUACAAUCCUGAUACAUUGAAAUCUGAAAUCUUAGUUAAUCUUCCUCUUUUCACUGUAAGAUACAAAAAUACCACACAAUUUUAUAUAAUUAUCCUGAGUAUUUAACUGUGGUCAUACACAACCUAGUUGAUUCUGAGAAUUUUAUGGCAACAAUUGAAUAAAACUUUUCCAUUGUCUAUCUAGGAGAUAUUUAUAAAGCCUUUACUUUUUGUCUAGACUCUUCUAUGUGUCUAUGAUACUACAUUUCAGGGGAAAACUUCCUUGUUGCCCCACCAGAGGUGUUACUAUGGAAAUAACAAACAAAGAAAAGCACCCUUUCCCAUGUAUUUUGAGUUCUGCAGUAGAGAUAUUCUAGACAUAUUAGUGUCUUCCUUCCUCUAUCUUGCUAUAAUUUAUUUCUGUGUCUGGUCGUGGAGACCCAUGCACCAGCCAGUAACUGAUCUGUCUGCACUGGAUUGGAUGAAAAAAUUCCAUCAGUAUCUCAAAGCAAUCUAUUCAGUUGAUUUUCAAAGUAUAUUCCACUAAUCUUUCACAUUUCCUGCGUUCAUCUGACCUGGUGUAUAAUGAGAGAUGGUAUUGUAAUUCCUGAUCUUAGUCAGGUACAUUCGUAAAUGUAUAUCCUUGAUCUUCCAUUUGAAGCCAUUGAUGAUAAAUUUUGCAUGAUUGGAAACUGUUUUUAGUGGUUAUGCAUCAUGCUUCAGAUACACUGAACUAUCACUUCAGAACUGGGCUAAGUACAAUCUUGUUUCCUUUUCAGAAAUACCUUCUCUUUGUGCAGCUUUUAGAAAAACUGCUAAUGAUGGAUGAAGACUGAACAACAGAUAAUCCACUUGUCUAACAAAUUCUGAGAUGUCAUACUGUAUGCUAAUUACUGAAACACCUUGCAAAAUUAGACAAGAACUUUACUGGCAUUUUAUUUCAGCUAUUUCUCAGUGUGGAUUCUUUUUUUCUUACAUACAUAGGUAUUACACUAUCUCUCACCCCUGUGCACAUAUUUUCCUGCUCCAUAUUAAAACUCAUACGCAGUACUUGUAAAAAGGGGGCAUUCAGAAUUUUGGGGAUGUUUAAGAGUAGUGCUCUGUCACUCUGUAAAUUUCAACAGGGACUGAAACAACAAGUUACUAUUAUUAAGGAAAACCCUGUUCAGUGUAUAUUCUGCAUGGACUGACCAUUAUCUGGUUGCCACCUGGUACUCUCCAUGAUAUCUUAAAAAAUUCUAAAUUUUCCUGUCUUCAUUAUAAACAUCUUGUAAUAUGCCACAUGGAUUCUUUAUUUGUUUAUAUACCUUUUCUCAUUAAAGAGAAGACCACGCUACUGGUGUGAGUUUGCAUUACAUCUGGUUACAUGUUACAUUUUUCUAUUAAAGAAAGAUACUGAAAAAAUGGUAUUCAGCAAAGUUCUUAUGGAAUGCUAUUACAAUGUUAGUGAAAUCUUUCCAUGACCUUUCUCAGAUAAGAUUCUCUUUGGUUCAGAAGAAGAUGUUCAUUUUGGAGUUUGUAUAAAAAAGGACUUACAGGUCUAUGUAUGAAAAGAUGCAAUUUUUAAAAAAGAUAAAUACUAUUUUUUAAUCCUGACAGUUUUAUUGGAUCAAUAAGUAAAACAGAGCUGCAUAUUCAGCAAAAACAUGUUGCCUGGAUCAUGAACUUCUCAGUCUCUGUCUUGUUUACCAGGUUCAUUUCAAGCAUUCUGUGUGGUGCCGUGAGAGAUGCUGUUGUCUAUGAGAGGCUGGGAUUAUCAUGAUCAAGUGCUGUAUUUUGAUUUCAUCCAGUGGCUGAGAGAUUUGUGGGGUAAAGAGAAAGUGCUGGACUUUUAAAAGUAUUAAACAGGCCCGUGACGGAGGGUUAGCCCAGAUCAGUGGAGUCAUGCGUCACACAGCUCUAUCAUACUGGCAGCCUUUCCUGGGUCUGGCUAUGCUGCUAAUCUUCACAGGCCCCACCAUGGGCUGCCCGGCCCGCUGUGAGUGCUCGGCACAGAACAAGUCUGUCAGCUGUCACCGAAGGCGUCUGAUGUCCAUCCCAGAGGGCAUUCCCAUUGAGACCAAAAUCUUGGACCUCAGCAAGAACCGACUGAAGAGCGUAAACCCUGAGGAAUUCACAUCGUACCCUUUGCUGGAGGAGAUUGACCUCAGUGACAAUAUUGUCUCCAACGUGGAGCCUGGAGCCUUUAACAAUCUCUUCAACUUGCGCUCCCUCCGGCUGAAAGGAAACCGUCUGAAGCUGGUCCCCCUUGGGGUGUUCACUGGGUUAUCAAACUUAACAAAGCUUGAUAUAAGUGAAAACAAGAUUGUCAUUUUGCUGGACUACAUGUUCCAAGAUCUGCAUAACCUUAAAUCCUUGGAGGUUGGGGACAAUGAUUUGGUGUAUAUAUCACACAGGGCCUUCAGUGGGCUGCUUAGCUUGGAGCAGCUCACCCUGGAGAGAUGCAACCUCACAGCCGUACCAACAGAAGCUCUUUCUCACCUCCACAACCUCAUCAGUCUGCAUUUGAAACAGCUCAACAUUAACGCUUUGCCGGCGUAUGCCUUUAAAAGACUGUUUCGCCUGAAAGACCUACAGAUAGAGGCCUGGCCCCUCCUGGACAUGAUGCCUGCCAACAGUUUGUACGGUCUCAAUCUUACUUCUCUCUCCAUCACCAACACCAACCUGUCUGCUGUACCUUACUCUGCUUUUAAGCACCUGGUUUACCUGACACAUCUCAACCUCUCUUACAACCCCAUCAGCACCAUCGAAGCAGGCAUGCUGUCAGAUUUAGUGCGCCUGCAGGAGCUCCACAUGGUGGGGGCCCAGCUGCGCACCAUUGAACCACACGCUUUCCAAGGGCUCCGAUUCUUACGUGUACUUAACGUGUCCCAAAACCUGCUAGAAACCCUAGAAGAGAAUGUAUUCCAUUCCUCCAAAAGCCUUGAGGUCCUCUGUAUUAACAACAACCCUCUGGCCUGUGACUGCCGUCUCCUUUGGAUUUUGCAGCGGCAGCCCACCUUGCAGUUCGGGGGUGAGCCACCGAUGUGUGCUGGCCCAGACAGUGUAAGAGAGAGGUCAUUCAGAGACUUUCACAGCACAGCUCUUUCCUUUUACUUCACCUGCAAGAAACCCAAGAUACAAGACAAGAAGUUGCAGUACCUGGUGGUGGAGGAAGGCCAGACAGUGCAGUUGAUGUGCAAUGCUGAUGGGGACCCGCAGCCUACCAUCUCCUGGGUUACCCCACGCCGGAGACUGAUCACAACUAAAUCAAAUGGUAGAGCCACGGUGCUGGGAGAUGGCACCCUGGAGAUCCGAUUUGCUCAAGAUCAGGACACUGGGAUCUACGUCUGUAUUGCAAGUAACGCAGCUGGGAAUGACACCUAUUCGGCCUCCCUUAUGGUAAAGGGGUUUACUUCAGAUCGUUUCCUUUAUGCCAACAGGACCCCUAUGUAUAUGACAGACUCCAACGACACAAGUUCCAAUGGAACUAAUGCGAACAGCUACUCUCUGGACCUUAAGACAAUAUUGGUGUCCACAGCUAUGGGCUGUUUCACAUUCCUUGGAGUGGUUUUAUUUUGUUUCCUGCUUCUUUUUGUCUGGAGCCGAGGGAAGGGCAAACACAAAACCAGCAUUGACCUUGAAUAUGUCCCUCGCAAAAACAAUGGUGCUGUGGUUGAAGGGGAGGUUUCUGGACCACGACGGUUCAAUAUGAAAAUGAUUUGAUGGUAUUCUGCUAGCAGUGCUUUUUCUGUGGCAUUAAAAUCUAUUAAAACAGCCUGGCAUGUGGAAUCGCUGGGCAAAAACAGCUUAAUGCAGCUGUCAGUGUAUCAAAAGGUUGUAGGAAAAUGGAAAGACUAUUUGUGGUUAUACAACAGAGCCUCCAGACCUUGAGGCAGAUGUGUCAGGGCCUUUCAUAGAACUGGGAAAUUGUACUAACUUUUUGCAUUGCAAAUAUUGGCAUUCUGGGGAUAUCAGCAAUGAACCACUGGCUCAUGCUCAUGGACAAUUGUUCAACAUUUUCUACUGCUACAAAAGAAAAAAGAAAAAAACAAACAAAAACCUACAGUGUAGGAUUUACAUACUUAAAGAAAAAGACACAUUUGUCUAAAACAUGCUCUACAGUGACAUUUGUAUCUAUAUAUCUCAUUUGGUAAAACUUUGCAUCCUCCCUUCUAGUUGGUUCAACACCACAAAAAAAUUAGUAGUUUUUUUUCUUUUUAAUCUACAUCUAUACUGUGUACAUUUUAAAGCAAUACAAAUGAGAGGUUGUGCUUUUAGAUAUCCACCAAUACUGACCCAAGUGUGAUGUCACCCUUCUUUUAACUACCAUCAAACUUAAAUUAGAUUCUUGUAGUUACUAAUUAGAAAUUACAUAAGGUAUUUUUCUCCUCAUGUAGAAGGCCAGAGCUGAAUAAUUGAGAGUAAAAACAAUCAACUCUGUCGAUCUUCUCUUCGUAUAAAUAUAAGGCAUGUGCCUAGUUUUGAUACAGAAUGGAAUAUUUUUUAUAUCUGUGAUAUCACACUGGACCAGUUUACUGUAACAUAGCCCUGGCUCUCACCCAGGGAAGGCAACCCACUAGUCAAUGCUGGCAUAGAGGAGUUGAGUUCUACCUUGAAGAGAGAGAAUCGGUUUUGUUAGCCCUGAUUUUAAUUUCAAAGCUACUGUUAAAAUGUUAAUGUGUACCGGGCAAAAUAAAGAGCAUAAUACAUUCUGCAGACUGCUUGGGAAAUAUGGUCAUCUUACUAUUUAUACAAAUGUAUUAAAACAUACAAACACUCUGCUACUAGGAAUGAACUCUUCUCCAAUGCCAAGUAAACUACAGUUGUUCAUGCAUAAUAUGGGGAUUAUAACACUAAAAUAAUGAUUAAAACAUGAUAGCCUCAAAAAGGCUAACAUACUGCCAGAUAUAAUGAACCUCUAGCCACUGUCAUUCUCAUCUUGUAUAUUUGUAGAUAACACAUAGACACAAAGCUAAUUUCCAAGAACAGAUUACUUAGCUAUUCUUGAUGCCAUUUUAAUAACGAUGUGGUUAUGUUUCUUUCAGGGGCAGUAUCUUAGAGCAAGAGGGGUGAGUUAUUCCAGAUUUUAGAAAUCAUUUUUAAUGGAGAGAAGUCAGAAGUGGAAUAUUAGUUCAGAACAAGUAACCUUUUGUUUUUUAUGUCUCUAAACAAAUUCUCAAAAGAGUGAGAACUGAAACUUUAUUCUUAAUCAUUAAUAUCACUAUUCCUAUUUUGAAAUUCUCAGCAAUUGCAAGAUAUGAAGUUGUUCAUCACUUCUCCUUUUUCCAGCAAUUAGGAGUCAUAAGUUUGUCCUACAUGGUUGAUAACAAAUAGAAUUAUUCAAUGCUUGGCAUAACCUGGAGUAAGGAUAACAACGACUAUAUAUGUGUUUAAUCAAAAAGAAUAUGAAAAUAUUAUAAGACAGAACAUUUGGAUUAGUGU